UUUAAACGGUUGAGCAAAAAGAAGUUGUGAUUUUCCUUGAUUAAACUAACCAUAUUUCUUUUAUUUAAACAUUAUGGCAACGACGACUACGACGGUGACCGAGGCUCGCACAGGACCUGUGGGCCAGCCAGACAUAUCCUACGUUCCAGAUCAUUCCAAGUGGCAGGCCCGUACCGCAAGUCGGGUCAAUGCAGGCGGUUUGCCGAAGACGGUGCCAGACGGGUUUCCGGAACAGCUCAAAGGAGACCUAGUAUGGGAAGGGGAUACUGUCGGCAAGACCUAUGACUGGACAUUCGUCCUGAACGAAGACCAGUUGGAUGAGGUUGACCACGCAGUGAAGCAUUUUAAAUCUCUCGGUGUACCAAUUGGGUAUAUUUCAACGGAGACCUUCCCGCUGCCAGCACUACAUGUAGAACUACGGCGUCUGUCUAAUGAGCUCCACAGUGGCCAUGGCUUCUUCGUCAUCCGCGGUCUGCGCGUUGAGCAGUAUACCCGCGAGGAGAAUCUUAUCAUCUAUGCGGGUGUAUCCUCUCAUAUCGCACCCCAGCUUGGUCGUCAGGACCACAAGUUCAAUGGAGAACCUGCUGAUGUUGUCUUGGCUCAUAUCAAAGACCUGAGCUCAACGCAGAAUGGCCAAAUAGGCAGCCCUGCGUAUACCACUGAUAAACAGGUGUUUCACACCGACUCCGGUGACAUUGUUUCCCUUUUCGCCCUGGCAACAGCUGCUGAAGGAGGUGCCAGCAAACUAGCCAGCACGUGGCGUGUAUAUAAUGAGAUUGCGAAGACUAGGCCGGAUCUCAUUCAUACCCUUUCGCAGGAUUGGGAUCAGGAAGUUUUCGAGAAGGCCGAUAAGCAAUGGACCAAGCGACCGCUUUUGUUCAACUUCCCUCCCACCAACACAACUCCUCAACGCGUCACGCUGCAGUACGGAAGGCGGUACUUUGUCGGUUACGGCGCACUUCCAAGGAGUUCAGACAUCCCACCAAUCACUGAAGCACAGGCAGAAGCUCUUGACACUCUGCACUUCCUGGGCGACAAAUUCUGUGUGAACACAAACUUCCAGAAAGGUGAUAUUCAGUACAUCAAUAAUCUGGCCAUCUUUCACGCGAGAGACGGAUAUACUGAUACGGAAGACAAGAAGCGGCACUUGCUGAGAUUGUGGUUGCGAGACCCUGAAAAUGCAUGGGAAACGCCUGACGUGUUGAAAAAACGAUGGUCGGCGCUUUACGAUGGCGUGGAAGCAGAGUCGAAAGUCUUUCCGCUAGAGCCAUACAUCCGCAGCGCCGGUAACAAGGGACGUUGAUGUCCGUCGUAUCUCGUCAGUCAGUAGCAAUGGGGUAUGAACGCCGGAUCAAAAGCAGGCGGGUCGCAGUCAGGGGAUAUCGCAUCAGCACAGUAGCAGCAGACUAGCAGCAACGAAAUCAUAGCAAUUGAGUAGUGAUCACGGGAU